AUGGAGACUGCCCCUUCGAGUCCAAUUUUUUCUCCGCUCGAUGCGGCCGACUUAGAACUCAGGGGCCUGCUUGGACCCGUGGAAGAAACAGGACAACGAAAAUGUCACAAGCGUCGUCUUCAUUCUUGGGGUGAUAUAUUUUACCAGGAAAUCCCCCUCGACAUAGUCAUGGGCUCUCCAGAAGCCGCUGCUGCCAAGGCAUUUGUCACCAUACCAAGCGCCCUUAUAUCGCGUGCAACAUUGUGUUACCUGGGCUUCUCUGAGCUCAAGGUCGACGAGAUGUGGAACGAAUGGUCUAACUGGCCUGGCCGCGAGAUUGAUACCAACACUGGUGAUCUUCAAUGCACCUUUCUUGCCUUCAUUCUUGGCCAUGUGAAGAAGGAAAACGCUUACACAGACGACGAUUCGGAGUGGCGCCGGUGCCUUGACGAAUGCGGUGUAAGCCCUUCAGAACAAGAAAAGCUUAUGGAUCCAGACUUUAAGGAAAUACGUCUAAGUAGAUCAUGUGUUUAUUGGGUUACUGAUACUAUUGAGAUGCGAUAUGCUGGCCUUCAGGACUUUCAACGAGCCUCUCGCCAGCGAGAGUUGCAGCUUGAACGCGAGCGAUUCUAA